AUGGAAAUUACGAAUUAUCAAAUAAAAACUGAAACCAGUUCACAUAAAGAAGUUCCUUCUUACCCAAACGAGUCUCAGAAUACCAGUAACCCCAGAAAAAAAAGCAAAAAAAACACAGGAAAAGACCUUAAGGUUGACAAUUUUGAACCCCCUGUUUUCUCAGUAAGAUACAAAGAUCCUUCUAUAGAGUUAUCAGAAGACAGACUAACAGCUAUAGGGUAUAAGGGUUGGUCAACGGUUUUAUUAACUCAUGGAGCAAGUUCUGGAACUUGGUAUUUUGAAAUCAAAGUUUUGGAACCAAGAGUAAUUUCCAAAUUUUUAGGCCAUUCCAAGUUUUUAAAUUUGAAGCAAGAUCCCAGUAUAAGAGUUGGCUGGAGCUGCAGAUAUAAUAGACUUGAUGUUCCAGUUGGGACCUCAAGUUUUGGAUAUUCUUUUAGUACAAAAACUUGCUCUAUAUUUUACAAUAGUAGAAGCCAGCACAUCUCUGAGAUGGAAAAUAUUACUCAAGUCACCACUGGAGAUGUGAUUGGGUGUUUGAUCAAGCUUAGUGGUAUUCCUUAUGAUUUGGAAGAUCCCAGAAAUUCUCCUCAUUUACAUCCAUAUUUGGAACUUGGACUUUUGUGUAACCCAGAAAAGCUCCCCAAAGUUAUAAGAGAUCCUGAUUCUCUUAUCGAGUUUUUUGUCAAUGGAAAGAAGGUAAGUGCCAGCUUUUCAAACAUUGCUUCUGGUUUCUACCACCCAACCGUUUCAUUAUAUAUGGGGGCUUCUGUACAAAUUAACACUGGGCCCAACUUUACCUUCUUUCCUCACAUGGAGUUUGAACCUGCUGCAAGGUUACUAAGACCUCAAAUACUUUAG